AUGUGCCAGUGUGAUUAUGACUGUCUCACUCACGAGGAGUGCUGUAAGGACUACGAAUCCCAGUGCACCACCAGUAAGGACUUUUCUUAUCUAUUUAUUAGUGGUAUCUGAGUUACAUUACGAUAAACAAACAUCAUAAUGACCCAUGAGAGUGCUUGACAUGUUUUCUAGAUGAUAUAGACGCACAUUGAUGUACAGGUAUUAUGCAUGUGUUAUAACAUAACCAGGAGAGGACUGGUGUGAUAAUGGAUGUACUGUAUGUUUGAUUGUGUCUGUGUACCAGGUGACUCGUGUAAAGGGCGGUGUGGCGAAUCCUUUAAGAGGGGCAGGCAGUGUGACUGUGAUCCCGACUGCGCUCGCUAUAGCAAGUGCUGCCCAGAUUACAAGAGCCAGUGUGGUAUUGAAGGUAGUAAAAUGUCAAACACACCUAGCAUGGUCUUCUGAAGUAAAAUCCUACAUGCACGUUUUUUCCUGCAUGUACAGUGCCUUCAGAAAGUAUUCAUACCCCUUGACUUAUUCCACAUUUUGUUGCGUUACAGCCUGAAUUCAAAAUGGAUUCAAUAGAUGUAUUUUCUCACCUAUCUACAAACAAAUACCCAUAAUGACAAAGUGAAACAUGUUUUUAGAAAUAUUUGCUAAUUUAUUUGAAUUGAAAUACAGAAAUAUCUCAUUUACAUAAGUAUUCACACUCCUGAGUCAAUACUUUGUAGAAGCAGUGAUUACAGCUGUUAUGUGACUUGUUAAGCACAUUUUUACUCCUGAACUUAUUUAGGCUUGCCAUAACAAAGGGGUUGAAUACUUAUUGACGCAAGACAUUUCAUUUUUUAAUUUUUUUUAUUUUAUUUGUAAAACUAAUUCCACUUUGCAUUAUGGGUUUAUUUGUGAAGGCCAGUCACAAAAAAAUCUCAAUUUAAUCAAUUUUCAAUUCAGGCUGUAACACAACAAAAUGUGGAAAAGGUCAAGGGGUGUGAAUACUUUUGUAUGCACUGCAACUUUUCUGUAUUGCAUCCACAGGUAAAGAUAGCAUAUUAUUUAAUGUAUUAAAUAAUAUGCAUGACAUGAAAUAAUGUAGUAUAAAUGAUAGUAUGACUUACAAUGAAGAAGUGGUUAGAGUUAGUUGAUUUCAAGAUAGGCAUGCUGGCACUAUGCAUGUAAAUAUGCAUGUAAAUGUUAAACUCAUGCAGUAGCCUGCGUCAGUUCAUUUUGACUAUUUUCUCUUUUAAUAAUUACUACAGACACCAAAAAACCAGCCAGCACAACAACAACGAAGACUAGCUCAUGUAAUAAUGUAAAUGAUGACAAACCAAAAGGUAUAGCUUUGAUUUAAAUAAGAUAGUAUAUUCAUAUAAAUAUUGGUAUGCAUGUUAAAAUGCAAAAGCUUGUCAGUUCAUCUUGACUAUUUUCUGUUUAAGUAGUUACCACUACAAGCACAAGACCAGCCAGUACAACAACACCGAAGACUAGCUCAUGCGAUAACAUAAUUGAUCACAAACCAAAAGGUAUAUAAUUAUGAUAAAUAAUAGAUUUUAGAGAGAUAUUAUAGGAAAGUUGGUUGCUUUUGGAUACUUUGACUCAUUUAGUACUUGGUUGACACACCAGAGCCAGAGCCUCCCCAGAUCCAACCAACUGAGGAGCCAGAGAUGACUCCCAAUCCACAGGAGGAACUAAAUGAAGGUCAGUAUCUUCAGAACAACCUUACUGAGGAGAUGGACAACCAACACUUCAGCCCUAAAUAAGAAUGAAAAUUGAAUUUCCACCAGUAUUCACUCAGCCCAUCUUCCAACGACAAAUUCAAAACAUUCCCUGUAAUAAGAGAGUAAUAUUGUCUAAUGAAAAACACAGAUCUUUUGAACUUUUCCUGACCAAUCAAGCACAUGGUAGAGAGUGUGAUUCCAAGAUGUUUUGGUUUGGCUGCCUGUCAUGCUACUGUGACUCUCUCUAGCUGUGACUUGAGCCGGAGCCCAGAGGCCUAGUCUCCCUAGAGGUAGCCAGGUGCUCUGUGUCCGUGCCAGCCCCUAUGGCCAAGAGAAACAUGGGGAAAUAAUGUCAUUAUGAGUGGGCCGUGUGGAGGAGGGCAACAGGCACAGCCUCAAUCAAAGAGAGAAGUGAGGAAUGGAGAGAUGAGGCCAGGAUGGAUGAGGAGAUGGGAGUAUGUAAUAUGUGGGUUGCAACUCAAAAGGUUGAUUCGGGACAAAACAGGGUGUUUUUGGAUUGAUCCACUCUGGCCAGCCCACUACAGACCUGUUGGCACUGUAGAAGUGUAUUCCUGCCUGGAAUGUCAUCAGUGUCUGUGGUUUGAUUCAAGACAUGCCAGGAUUAACUAGAAAAACAGGAAAAUAUCAGAGAGAGACAGAGUUGUGUAAUUACACAUGCCACCUAUAACUCAGCUAUGUUAAUAAACAAUUAAAUUCAUUUUCAGAUUUGUCAGAUGACCAGCUCAUGCCAUUGGUCACCCCAGAACCAGAACUCCAGGAUGAACAGGGCGAUGGUGAGAGAAACUUUUUUCCCUUUCAACAUUUCUCAACAUAGCUACAAAUUCACUUUUUAUUUAGCCUAUGCUGAGUUGCUAGUUAGAAGAUGUGUGAAUAUAAACUUUACAUUCAUUUGCCCUUAUUCCCUUCCAGAUGUGAAGGGCGAGACCUGGCCAGACCUCCCUGUUCCCUCUCCUGAGGCUGGUCUGGAAGACCCUGAAGCAACCCCUAACCCAGAGGACCCUGAAACUGGUCUGGUGGAUCCAAAGGCAACCCCUAACCCAGAGGACCCUGAAGUAACCCCUAACCCAGAGGACCCUGAAGUAACCCCUAACCCAGAGGACCCUGAAGCUGGUCUGGUGGAUCCAAAGCCAACCCCUAACCCAGAGGACCCUGAAGCUGGUCUGGUGGAUCCAGAAGUAACCUCUAACCCAGAGGACCCUGAGGCAACGCCUAACCAAGAGAGAACCAGUUGGUCAGAGCCAUCUCCGACUGAGCCAGCCCCCUCGGAAACCUCUAAUCCCACCGACCCCUCCGUGGACAUGACCCCUUCACCCACAGACACUGAGACUGACCCUGAGCAGGAGGCCAUUUUAGAGGGGGACUACACAGCCUUCCCUGAGGAAUUGGAUCCAGAGGCAACACCAGGCCCAGAGGGGACCCCACCAGCAGAGGUCAACCUCAACCCCUCCCUUGUCGAACCAGCCACGGAGGUUCCCACUGAGAAGGAAGGUAAGGGAUUCAAUUCAAUUCAAUCUUUAUUGUCACAGUAGGGCAAUUCAUUGUGCAGUCAGGACAGGAGUUUACAAAAUACAUGCAUACACCACAGCAUCUGGGCACAGUGUGGGAGAUGAUAGCUGAGCCAUCUCACACAUACAACGUCUAUGAGAUAGUCUUCACUAUUUCACUGCUCCUGGAAAUUGCAUUUGACAAGAUGUUUCACAAUCUACUUUGAGUCAUUUGGAGUCAAAUCAAAUCUGACACGGACAUCAAAUCUCAUGUUUUUCUAUCUCCCAGACUCCAGUGUUCCUGAGGGACAGCCUGAUUCCAGCAGCAGCCUGUCUGCAUUAGACCAAACUCCCCUUGGAUCCUCCUCUGAGCCCACCCCUGCCGCCCCCCAGCCCUCCAACCAGGUCUUCCCGAGCUCAGAGCCCCAGCCUGGGCCUACUCCUGCAGAGGACACCCUUGAACUCCUACCUGAAGGACAGAGUGAAUUGGACCCUGAGGGUCAGGAGGCAGAAUCUGAGAACACAAUGCCAGAGGACUCAGAACCCACACCCUCAAACCUAGAGAAUGCUGCAACCACCCCAGCCGCCGACCCAGCCUCUACCAGCCCCACACAGGGUACACCCUCAGCCUCAGAGGAUCCUGAGGCUACCCCUGCCUCUCCAGACAGCACCACCCCCUGCACCAAGCCUGACCAGACACCCAGUGCCCCUGAAGGAGCUACGCCAAGCUCAGAGCAGGACAGCCCCAAGGAGAAUGCCCCAACAACCACCCCUUCAGACCCACAGGAUCCCAAUGCGGCCUCUGAGGCACCAGCAUCUGAGAGUGGUCCCGAGGAUAAACCUGGCAGAGGGGACACCCCAGAUAGUUCUGAUGACAGUGUCCCCCAGACUGGAGAUCUGGCGAUGCUUCCCACCCCAGAUCCUCUGGCCACAUCCACAGACCCAGCGGGACAUGAAGAGGAAGGAGACGAGGCCGCACCAGAGGAGACCACCACCGACCCCAUGAAGCUCACUCCCGUACCUACCACCAAACCCACCCCCAACAAAACCACGGAGAAACCCAAGCCCAGCAAACCCACAGGGAAUCCCAAACCCAAACCCACCCAGCCCAGCACCCUCACUGAUAUCAACCAAGCUCUGGGCACAGACAACCCCAGGGACUACCAAGCAGGUAAGCUUAACCAUGUUGGACCUUGCUUUGCCUUACUUUAAUACUAUUGCAAAGAAACACAGUCAAAGUGGUAGAGCACUUAUUACUGGGCAAUGGUAGAGUCACCAGCCUUAUUACUGGGUAGAGUUGCCAGCCUAUCCUUUUCUUCAUGUGUAGCAUUGGGUUUUAUUACUUCUCUUGGAUGAAAAGAGUUUCCUCCUGCCAAGUGUAGCUGCACUAUAUUAACUGUCAAAAGUGACAGUUUUCCCAGAGCCUAACAAGUCAGUCCAGCACUUUCUGUGGGUUGGAAAAAAAGUACUCAGCUCCUUCACAGAGAGAGCAAAACAGAAAAAGAGGUGACAUUAAAGCGGCAAUCAGCCGUUGAAACAAUAACAAAGCGUUCUCACGCCACUGUUUCAUUAAAAAGCUGAGAGAUGGGCCUGGAGAAAUAUAACCACUCUCAAAUUCAUAGACUAUGGAUACAAGGACUGACCAUGUUUUAACCAUGUUUUGAGGCUAUAUAGUGUUUGUUUACAUUUACUUUGUUAACAAAUAUUGGAGUGAAACAAGCUUAUAUUUUGGGUUUUGAUAGGGUACGACAGUUGAGCUAAGCUCAUGAACUAAGUUAUAUUCUUCAAGAAUCAAUGGGUACAUUCAUUUAUAAGUUAAAACAAAUUGCUGUAGCAACUGCUGAUUGCCCCUUGGACAGACUCUUGAAAUGGUCCUGGUUCGCUUAAUACAUUCACCAUGUUGUUUUUCUUAUUAGUCCUCAUGUGGCUCCUUUUAAACGUGUCCUUUUUCUCCAGAUGAACACGACACCAACAUCUGCAGCGGUCGUCCCGUCAGCGCAGUCACUACGCUGAGGAAUGGGACCGUGGUGGUUUUCAGAGGUCAGUGCCAGAUCAUAACGACUUGGUCUAGAUACUGUGAUUAUAUACGUCUAUGUACCAGACCCACCAGAUGUUGGGUUUGCCCCCAGACUGCACCCAGUCUGUCUGCCUUUGUGAUCUUGUGACUGGACUAUCCUUCAGCUCUUAUUCAUAUUUUAUAGAUAUGACACUGAUUGUUUUUCAAACUCAAGAUAAUCCCAAACAUUUUCUAAACGUUUCCUGUUCAUUUACACGAGAGUUAGCUACAGUAAGACAACCCCUGUAUUAUAGACUAGAGGAUACAUAGAGGAUGAAAAGUAAUUGAGGACAAGAUGCAGAUGGACGUACCAUAAUACCAGUGUUGCUUCCACUGUCCUCCCUCUUUAGGACACUAUUUCUGGGUGUUGGACAGCAACAGGGUGCCUGGACCUGCCCGUGGGAUCACAGACGUGUGGGGUGUCCCUUCUCCCAUCGACACAGUCUUCACCCGCUGCAACUGCCAGGGCAAGACAUACUUCUUCAAGGUACACCUCCUAUGUAACAUUAAACAUAAGAUACCCAAGGCAAAUGGCAGCAUUUCCAUUUUGUCAUACCCUUCACUUCAAGUCAGUGCUAUCUGUUCAAUAGGCCUACAAUGUGACUAUCCUAAGCAUAGUGUGUUAUAAGACCUACUUUUAUACUACACUAAGUAUGUUGAUCGAGAGAAUAAGAUUGUUUAUCUAUGCGUCUUCUCCCCUCCAUAGGGUUCUAAGUACUGGAGGUUUGAGAAUGGCAUGAUGGAGCCCGGCUACCCCAAGCUGAUCAGGGUGGGCUUCAAUGGGCUGCAAGGACAGAUCACGGCUGCCCUGUCUGUGCCUGAGUACCGCAAGAGGAGAGAGUCUGUCUACUUCUUCAAGAGAGGUGACUGACCGCUGUACACUACUUACCCAGUGGAGGCUGCUGAGGGGAGGAUGGCUCAUAAUAAUGGCUGGAACGGAGCGAAUGAAAUGGCAUCAAACAAGCAUGCACAUCAUAACAUAACAUAAACAAGCAUGCACAUGUCAUCUGUAGUAUCCUGAGUUAUCAUGUCUGAUAUCUGUAUGAUUGUCUGUUCCAGGAGGCUUGGUGCAGAAGUAUUCCUACCAGUCUGGAACCAGCCCUACAUGCGGCAGGAAGGUCCACUACUCUGUUUAUACCGUACGCAACCGUGUUGCCAGGCAAGCAGGUAAUGAGCCGCCCACGUUUUGACCUUUCAGUCCUUUCGCUGAACAUUUUAUCAGACUGAGGCAGUGGUGAGAACCUGGGACACCGGUCACAGACAGGUUUUAUUUGAGUUGAGAUGCAUUUUGUUCUCUAUAAAGACUCAGAGGGAGAUGCGGCAAGGAAGGAGGGAAAGAGAAAGAGGAGAGGGAACAAGGUUCACCGUAUGUAAACAGGUUAUUCAGAGAAAACAAUCACAAGUCAGAUUGUGUGGGUGCAGAAUCCGAUUGUAGUGGAACGUCGCAACACAAUGUUUUCAAUGAGUUACUAAAAGUAAACUGACAGAUUGCAAUGUCACACAAAUCUAAGAACUACAUAAUUUCUAAGUUGAAUGCACCAAUUUGUAAGUCGCUCUGGAUAAGAGCGUCUGCUAAAUGACUUAAAUGUAACAUUUCCUCAAACUAGAAAUUGUACUCCAACAAUCAGACUCCUAGACCAUAAACCUUCCAUUUCAAAUAUCACACCAUCAUCAAUAAUGACAUUUGUCAGUCUCUAAACUGAACUGUCUAUCCUCUCAGUGCCUCUGCUGGGACAGGAGAUCAACAUCCGUCUGACCUGGAGAGGCUUCCCCUCCACCGUGACCUCCGCCGUGUCCAUCCCCACCCGCAGGAAACCAGAGGGAUACAACUACUACCUCUUCUCACGCUGUAAGUACUUAGCCAAGAAACAAUAUUUUUAUUAACCAAAUCAGAGCCUGUAGUCUGCCUUUGAUGAUUUUAAUUAAAUGCUACUUCAGCUUGUUUGUUUUUUUAAAGACUGGUUUGGUGGAAAACCAUGCCCCUAUCGGUCUGCCGUAAAAAUCCAGUCCUAGACCUUACACAACGUCAUGUCGGACACAUGUCUGAGCGGGGUGGGUCACAGAGAGGGGAGGGUGGAGUAGUUGAUGGGUCUGCUGGCAUGGCAUGUGGUUUGGUACUGUCCUAGGAGGUUGUGUCAACAGCAGCCCUUCCUUACUCCAUAAGGAGGGAGGUGUUUGUCUGUCUAGUCAUUAUGUCAUUAAGAAACACUAAAUUGAGGCUCAGGGUCUGCGGUGGCCAAUUAAGAGACCUGCCACAGGUCAUGUUUUUCUGAUAAAAGAUGGUUCAUUGUUGGUGGUUUUCUGUCAGUAUCUUAUUGAUACACCAAAAAAAAAGAAAUGCUUGGACAUGUAUGAAGUGACUAACAUUUUCCUUUGCCAGUUAUAUCAUAUUUUACACGGUUCAAGUCAAAACAAGGAAACUCUGCAAAUGAUUACCAGUCCAGAGACAUCAAGUGCGCCCAUAUUUUCCUCACAUUAACCCACCCUCUUCCCUUGUGUCUUUCAGCCAAAUACUACAACGUCAAUAUGGGAGAUGAGCGACCUUUCAUAGCUACUCCCCCGGUGAGCUCCAUUCCCCAGAAGAACUCGGCCAAAGACUUUUUCAACUGUCCAAAGGAAGUUUGAGGAGAAACAGCUCGGACAUUCAAAAACAGAUUCAGAUUCACUGACACACUGUUUUCCUCACAGAUCUCAAACUUUAUUAGCAUAAUUAUUCAUAAAACCAACACCACAACGUUUUAGCAAGGACUCCGCUUAAACCUUUUAAAAACAAAAAAAUAUUAUUCGUCAUAACAAUGAAAUUAUCAGUGAUCAUAUCUACAGCUGAUUCUAAAGCACGAUACGUCAUUUAGAUUUAUGGUAUCUGCGGGUCUUCUCUUUGGAACCAUGGUGAUCAGUCUUGUAGCGGGAAUGAUGUCUUGUGGAGACGGGAAUGAUGUUGGGGCAGGAGCUCUGAUCGGUUGUUUAUCGGGCGAAUCUCCUCCCAGUCCCAGUUACACCCCGUGAUGGCAACGUCCCUGGUUCCCAUCAAACGACACAUACUGAUAUGAGACAAAGGUCUGCUUUACCAAUGUAAAAACAAAUCACAUUCUGAUUCUGUACAGCGCCUGUAUAAUGUAUAAUGCAAAGACGAUGCUAAUGUAACUAAUCAUUUUAGAUUAAAUGUAUAGCUUCUGUAUUUUCUGACUAUUAAAAUCGAUUUAACAUCAACAA